AUGGGCUGGCUACCAUUCACCAGCAGCACCCGCGGCGACGAGAUCCGCAGCGGGACCGCCAUCCCCACGCGCUCCGAGCGCGCCGUGUGCUGGGCCGCCCGCGACGCCUACUACGGCUGCCUCGACGCGCACAACAUCGUCGACGCCUCCAAGGAGCCCGGCGCCUCGGCCGCCGCCAAGGCGUGCCCGGAGGCCUCGGCCGCCUUUGAGCAGGACUGCGCCGCGGCGUGGGUCAAGUACUUCAAGCAGUGGCGCGUCGCCGACAUCCAGAAGCGCAGGCGCAUCGAGCAGCUGCAGGCCGAGGGCGCCGUCGAGGCCAACGUCACGAGCAGCUUCGCGGGCGGCGGCAACAUCUCCGGCGCGGGCGGCAAGGCGCAGGCGACAAAGGAUGACAUCCAGGCCAUGCUGGACAAGAAGCGUGGAUGA